AUUUAGAUUAGUGUGUUCUGUAAUGGAAGACUGGAUGCAUUGACUCGGUAGAUCUAUGCAUCAUAAGCAGCCCUAAUUCACAACAAAUCCACUCCUUCCUUGUUUGCCUACCUAAAAUUUCCAACAAGAAUCUGAGGAAGAACAAUGGCCGGAGGAGGCUUCCUGUCUUCCAUGUUCACCACGAUGGUAGCCAAGCUGCAAAGCUUGGCUUCACUGUCAACAAUAUCGUCUUCUUCUUCGUCGCCACACAACACUAUUGAACAAGAGAUGAGUAAGCUGACAGAGACGAUGAGGAGAAUCCAAGCCAAACUUGAUGACUCAGAGGAGGAGAAUCAUGCAAAAAGUCACUCGGAGAAGCUUUGGCUAAGCGAGCUCAAAGAUGUUGCCUAUGACGCCGAAGACGUAGUAGAAGAGUACGAGUACGAGGUGUUGCAUUCCAAACAAUUGCAUGAGAACAACAGUGGGACACAUGAGGAUGAAUUAGCAAAUAAAGCUGCGGAGAUAAGGAAAAGGUUUGAUCAGAUCACCAAAGAGUGGAAACUCUUAACGUUGCCUAAGAACGUUGGAAAGAGAAAGAGAAGCCCCUCGCCCCUAGAUGAGAACCGAGAAACAGGCUCUUUAGUGGUUGAAUCAGAUGUUCUUGGAAGAGAAGAGGAAAAGGAUAUGCUGGUUAAAUGGCUUCUGUCAGAGGAUGAUACAUCAGUGAAUAAAGUUUCUGUAAUUGCUGUAAUUGGGAUGGGGGGACUAGGCAAAACAACACUGGCUCAGCUUGUCUAUAAUGAUCAAAGAGUGAAAAGCUAUUUUGAUUUAACAAGAUGGGUCUGUGUAUCUGAAAAUUUUCAUGUUGUUAGUUUGACAGAGAAGAUCCUGCAAUCAUUUGCCAAAGUGAAAGUUCAUGAAGAACUAGAUGAGCUCCAACAUGCACUACGAGAAAAACAGCAGGGGAAAAAGUUUUUACUAAUAUUAGAUGAUGUUUGGAAUGAAGAAUUCACUCUCUGGGAUGAAUUAAGAAAGCCCUUAGCAUCAGCUCAAGUAGUUAAAGUUAUAGUGACCACUAGGAAUCAAUCAGUUGCUAGAAUUAUGGGGACGAGAAGUCCUCUCAACUUGAAUUGCUUACCAUUUGAUGUAUGCUGGCAAUUGUUCAAGAGAGUCACUUUGGGAGGAGCAGAUAAGAGCCUACAACCACAUCUUGAAGACCUUGGUAGGAAGAUAGUAGAUAAGUGCAAAGGCUUACCUUUGGCUGUGAAGGUGCUUGGAGGCGCUCUCAGAAACAACGAAGAUAUAGAUUCAUGGGAGGACUUCUUACAGAAUGAGAUGUGGGAAUCAGAAGAAACAAAUAAAGGAGUUUUACCAGCACUUAAAAUAUCAUAUGAUUGCAUGCCGAUCCAACUUAAAAGAUGUUUCCAAUACCUAUCCUUAUUUCCCAAAGACACAGGUUUUGAUUCAGAAGAAAUAGUCCGAUUAUGGAUGUCACAAGGUCUUCUUCCUCUUGAUGGAGAUAAGAGAGCAGAGGACAUAGGCAGAAGUUACAUAAAAAGACUAGCUGAGAGGUCAAUAAUACAUCUGGAAUGGGAUGACACCUUUUUGAUGGAAUGGAAAUAUUUUUUGAUGCAUGAUCUUGUUCACGAUCUUGCACAAUAUAUAGCUCAGGAUGAAUAUCUCUGUGUGAUGGAUAACAAAUUUGACACAAAGAAAUUACAAAAGUUUCGACACUUAUCGUUUAAUGUGGAAUGCCAUAAGUUGAACAUAGAAGCUCUUCCAGAACCAAAACUUUUACGGACACUUUUUAUGAGACAACUAGACUCGUGGAAAUAUAGACUCCCUGAUGAUCUUUUUCAAAAAUUGAAAUACAUACGAACACUUGUUUUAAACACCUACGGCAUCGAAGAGCUACCAUAUUCAUUGGGCAAUCUCAAACUACUUCGUUACCUUUCUAUAAAAGCCUAUCAUGUAGUGAGUAUUCCAGAGUCCAUAUGCAGCCUUUACAAUUUACAAACUUUGGAUCUGGCAGAUACACAAAUUUCUGAACUCCCAAGGCAGAUUGGAAAUUUGAUAAACCUACGUCAUCUUUUGCUUCCUUACAAUUUCUAUGAUUGGGAAAGUAUCUUUUUAUCAUCUAGAAUUGGAAACAUGACCAACUUGCAGACACUCAGAUGCUUCAAUGUCAGUUGUGAAAGAGAGCAUUGCAACAUAGGAGAAUUGAAUAGUUUGAUGGAACUUGGAGGGCAUAUCUCCAUUUAUAAUGUAGCAUCCGUGAACAUAUUUUCAAACUCAAAACCCCCUUUGAAGACAAAAAAGUAUAUUGAUUCUUUGGAGUUACGUUGGAUGAAGUAUGGCUGGCAUGACAAUGAUGCUUUUGACUAUUACACAAAAGAUGAAAAGAAGGCAGAGUGGCAGCUCGAGUACCUCGAACCGCAUGUCAAUCUCAAGAACCUUGAAAUAAUCAGCUAUCCAGGAAUCAAAUUUGUUGGAUGGGUGGGCGCUUCAUCCUUCACUAAGUUGACCCGUUUGUGUGUAGAAGAUUGUAAGAAUUGCAAUAAACUUCCACCGUUGGGCCAACUUCCUUCUCUGGAAUAUCUUUUUAUAGGUGCGAUGGAGGGCGUUCAACAUGUGGGACGUGAAUUUUGCUCCAUGCUAAUGGCAUCUCCAUCUUCUUCCCAAAACAAAAUUGCAUUUCCCUCUCUAAAAGACUUGAUAUUCAAAGAUAUGACAAAUUGGGAAGCGUGGGAUGGAGUGGAGAUUGGUGAUUUCCCUAGUCUCUAUUCUUUUAAACUUUCUGGAUGUCGUAGGCUGAUCAAGUUUCCCCGGUGGCCCUUUUUGUCUUCGGUGGAAGAAAUGACAUUGGAUAGUGGUGGUGUACCUGAUGUUUUAAAUUUCCAUUCACUGACAAAUUUAACAGUUAUGUCCAUGACUAAGAAAAAUAGUAAGUGGAUGUCCAAGUGUUACUUUCCAACGCUCCAACACUUGAGAUUAUCAUUUAGCACUGCAAAAUCUGUUCAUCUAUCACAGAAAGUGCUACCUUCACUGAAGACUUUAGAGAUUUCAAACUGUCCAACAUUGAGAGUUGUUGCAGGGUUAAAAAACCUCACCUCCUUGAAUUUUUUAUAUAUAGAAGUAUGCCCUAAUCUUGAGUUCAAGGGGUUACCAGCCACCCUCGAACAAGUGAAGCUCUACUGUUGUAGUUUGUUUGAGAAGGGGUACAAAGAACAACAGCAUAUGCCAAAUGACUUGAUGAUAGAGGCACACAAUUCCGAUGAUGAGGAGGAAGAGAAAGAGGAGAUGGAUGUCAAUGAUGAAGAGGAAGAGGAAGAGGAAGAGGAAGAGGAAGAGGAAGCGGAAGAGGAGAUGGAUGGAGACGAUGAUGAUAACAUGGAUUAAUUAGAUGAUAAGGAUGACAAAGAGCCGGAUGACAAUGGUAGCAACAUAGUAGAAGCAUGAUUCUUAACAUUGAGAAGAGAUUUUUAUCACGAGGAUCCAUUUUUUUCUCAAUCAUAUUAUUUUAAUUGUAAUAUAUGUUUUGGAUGAAAAUAUAAACAAAUUAUGAUAUAACUUAUUAGACAGUGCAUUCCUGGUUGUAAUAUAAUUUUUUUCACAAAAAUUGUGAUAGUAGUUUUCUAUUA